AUGAAAACCUCAAUCAUUUUCAUCAUUUACUUUCUCGGAGAUACUUUGAAUGCUGCUUCAGCUGAACAACAUUCCGAAGAUCCCCUUUAUCCCGUUCAUCGUCUCGCUAGUGAACCUUCAAAAACUAUGUUCAAGCGCUCAUACGGCUGGGGUUUACCGUUGAUGUUCCACAAUAUAGCGCCAGGCAAGAUCUCAAGUACCAAGAGAGAAGCAAACGUUGCUUCUGAAAAAGCUAAUGUGAAUGAUCAAGGUCCCCCAAAAGCUAUCACAUCGAAUAGAAACAACGGUAAGGACAAAGUUGAAACCGGAAAGGUUGCUCCUAAGAAUGAUCCAAAAGUAGAUACAUCGGUUGGGACUGGUGCUGGAACAUAUUCUCGCUCUACUGAUUCUAGCGCUUCUUCCGCUUCUCAAUCGUCAUCGAAAAAGAAAGGAAAGAAAGAGAAAGGUCAUUCGACUUCUUCGUCACCCACACCAUGA